AUAUCACUGUCUCACUCUGAUAACACCGAGCCGCUUAAUGUUUAGCCACAAACACACACACACACACACACACACACACACAGGGAAGCAGAGGGAUUACAAAGGCACAGAGACCUGUAUGCUGCCCAGGGAUGGAGACGAUAAAACUAAAUGCGAGGAGAACGCAAGGUACCGGUGUUGAAGAUGAAGCACCAGCAAAGCCACAUGGGAGCGUCUCAAGUUGUCCUCUCUCUGCUGUAGUUCGCCUCUAUGUGUACGCACUGCAUGGCUGUUUCUGUGAGGUGGCCUUCACUGCUGUGUGGGACUGGUGCAGCACCCACGACAGGAGGCUGGCGGGUCACAGCAGCCUUUGGGCGCUGCCUAUGUACGCUACCGCAAUCUACUUCAUGGAGAGCCUGAGAUCCCGGCUGCUGGAUCAGCAUCACCCACUGCCAGUGCGUCUUACGGCCUACACGGUGUUCAUCUACCUAUGGGAGUUCAGCUGGGGGGCAGGGCUGAGGCUGCUGGGGGCCUGUCCCUGGGACUACUCAGGUUAUAGGUACAACCUGGGAGGACUGGUUACACUGGAGUAUGCAUUGCCCUGGGCUGUGGCAGCAUUUAUAGCAGAGAAGCAUGUGAUCAGGAACACUUUGAGGAUAAGACUGCACAGCUGAACUGAUAUCAGUCUGAAAUAAUGUGCUCCCAAAAGCAACUAGAAAGAAUUUAUGGGCAUUGUUUUAGGAACACCACCACGCUUUUGUGAGUUUCGUGACGUCCCUGGGCUGUCUUUAAAUCUGACAACCUUUUUCAGUUCAAUCUGUGAGCCUUUUUUUCUCACAGACUGAUUGUAUGUAUAUGUAUAUGUACGUGUAUGUAUGUGUAUACAACUGGUUUAGUAAUGUAACUGACUGUAUGACAGCUUUAAAGGAAUAGUUUGGCAUUUUGGGAAAUAAGCUCAUUUGCUUUCUUGCUAAGAGUUAGAAGAUCGACACCACUUUCAUAUCAUAAUAUCUGUCCAUUAAAUAUGAAGUUACAGGCAGAUGACGGUGCUUCGUUUAGCACAAAGACUAGAAAAAGUGGAAUAGAGAAAGAGCUAGCUUGGCCAAAAAAAACAAAAGUGUAAAAACAA